AUGAACAGGACUCGCUAUUCAGUCUUUACGAAAUGGCAAAAGCGAUGGGUUGUCUUCCUCGUCGCCGUAGCCGGAUGGUUCUCUACCCUCAGCAGCUUUAUAUUUUUCCCAGCCAUUCCCACGCUUGCAAGGGUACUGCACACAUCCGUGGGGAGAAUCAAUCUGACAGUUACAUCCUACCUACUCGUUGCCGCCGUGGCUCCCACCUUCAUUGGCCAUUUCGCCGAUAGAUCAGGACGACGGCCCGUCUACCUAAUUUGUUUGACUGUCUAUCUGAUAUCCAAUAUUAGCCUCGCAUGCCAAACAUCAUUCGCAGCGCUGUUCACACUUCGGAUGCUUCAGUCUGCAGGAAUAUCAGGGACCUUUUCCAUCACAUACGGCGUGGUUGCUGAUCUGGCUACUCCUGCCGAAAGAGGGACCUUUGUCGGAAUUGUCGCGUUUGGCACCAAUACCGCCCCGAGCGUUGGGCCUGUACUAGGCGCAGCUAUGAAUGCCAGGGCCGGAUGGCGAUGGAUCUUCUGGAUCCUGGCUCUGCUGUCCGGUCUCUGUUUGGCAGCCAUUAGCCUAAGUCUCCCAGAAACGGCGCGGUCAGUCGUCGGAAACGGUAGUGUUCCAGCACAUGGCAUUCAUAAAGUGUUCAUAUCGAAGAUGGCUGGACAUCCCGUUGCUGAGGAGACAGCCGAGUUGCCUCCUAGCCUAUCGAGACGAUGGAAAUUCCCCAACCCGUUGGCAUGUCUCAAGAUGCUGCUUCGCAAAGAUUCGGCGAUUGUCCUUGUGGCUCUGGGCAUUCAAUAUAUGACGUACACCUGUCUCCAGGCAUCACUCUCCACAGUCUUCAUGGAUAUAUAUGGAUUCAACCAACUCCAAGCCGGGCUUAUUUACCUUCCUUACGGUAUCGGCUGCGCUACCAUGGCGUUUUGUGCAGGGAAAAUACUAGAUCGUGAUUAUCGCAUCACCGCACAAUCUCGGGGACUCAGUGUGGACAAAAGAGUGGGAGAGGAACUAUUGAACUUCCCCAUCGAAGAGGCACGAUUGAGAAGCUUCUUCCUUCCUAUGUUAAUUGCUGUCAGCAGCAUUAUCGGAUAUGGGUGGGCUUUGCGUUUCCACGCGUGGGCCUUUCCACUUCAGCAUUUUGCUAUUCCGUUGGCACUUCAACUCUUCAUCGGUUGCUCAAUCCAGUCGUGCAACACGAUUUUGAACACGCUUUUGAUGGAUUUGGACCAGGAGAAUGCUUCUGCGGCCCAGGCGUGUUGUAACUUUGUGCGAUGCUUCUUAGCUGCGGGCGCACUUGCCGGUCUUCAGCCCCUGAUUGACAAAGUGGGUGAUGGGUUCACGUUCACCUUUAUCGGCGCGUUGACGGCGCUAUGUGCUCCUCUGCUCAUGUUGGAGCGACGCAAAGGCUGGAACUGGAGACAACAUCAAAGAACCUCACGCCAAUCCACUGUUCCCCUAAGAUCGGUAGGAGAAACUCUUAUGCGGAGAUGCUAG